AUGUCUUCCCCUGGGUCCAAAAACACAGAGCCAAUCAGCUCGCAGCUGGGAUUAAAACAGGAAUAUAAUCUCCCAACCUCCGAGAGAAACGGCACAAAGCAGAAUUACAGAUUCUUCUCGAACCCUGUCGACACAAAUAUGAAGGACAUGCUGAUGCAGAUCCUCCGUCAGAACUGGAGCUUCACAUCACCUCUGCUGGUUCAGAGUAACUUUGGAGAAAGUCAACCGUGGAGCAGGAACACCUCACCAUAA